AUCCUCUCGUCCUCUCUCCCUCCCCUCCCCUCCCCUCCGUCUCCCAUCAAUCUCACCCUCGCCCCGAGAUAUUUUCCCCUGCCACCGGCCCCCGUUAUAUAUACAGCCUGGCCGCCCCCGCCGCUUUCCCUUCUUCGUCGCCAUCGCCAUCAGCUCCGCCACCAUUCAUUCCCGGUAGAACCUGCCGUGCAGCAGAUGCUCUAGCACCAGCUCGCGAGGACACGAGGGGGAGGAGGAAAGAGGCCGAAGCGCCCAGAGUCGUGUGAUUUGGCAAGGAUAAGCUUAGGUUUGGGCGGGCGAUGAGCGAGGCGCAGGGGAGCAGGAUGCAGCCGCCGGCGAGGUCCUCGUACUACGCCGUGCUCGGCGUCCGCCCUGGCGCCUCCGCCGCCGAGAUACGCGCCGCCUACCACCGCCUGGCCAUGAGGUGGCACCCGGACAAGAUCGCCAGCGGCCGCGCGGCGGCGGACCCGGCGCGCGCGGAGGAGGCCAAGACCAGGUUCCAGCAGAUACACGAGGCCUACCAAGUGCUGUCGGACGAGAAGAGGAGGGCGCUCUACGACUCCGGGAUGUACGACCCGCUCGACGACGACCAGGAGGACGUGGAGGGAUUCCACGACUUUCUCCAAGAGAUGAUCUCGCUCAUGGCCACCGUUGGCAGAGAGGAGCCCGUGUACAGCCUGGGCGAGCUCCAGUCCAUGCUGGACGGGAUGAUCCAGGACUUUGCCGCCCCCCAGCCGGAGCCCAGCGGCUUCUUCGCCGGAGGCCAGCCGGGCGGCGCGGAGCCGAGCGGCGCUUCCGCGCGCUUGCAUCCCCAGGGGAUCGGCGACUCGGCGUGCUUCAGCCGGACGGCGUUCUCCCGGUGACGGCCGCUCUAGAGUCAGGUUCAGAGAUCCGCAGAAGAGCAGCAGCUUCUGCACCCGUGGACAUCCAGAUCGAUCAACGGAGGAGGGAAUGUACAUGGCAGCUCUUGAAAUGGACGGUGCAGAAGGUCAACGAGCCUGUGGCGUCGUCCGCUCGACCAACUCAUUUUGGGGAAGGUGGAAAUUGUUCUAGGAGAGAAAGGGGUAGAAUCUCGCGCCACAAAUGAGGCAGCUAAUAAAAGGAUUUUUGUUUUGUGUUUCUUGUUAAGCAUCAACGCUGUACAUAUGGCGAGAGAUGAAGAACUGAUGUUGCCCUUGUAAUAGCUUGGAUUGCGUGUGCUUGGUGAGGCAAUAGGUACAUUUGAAAGGCGUGACGACGUGUGUGUAUUGGAGCUCUGGAUCAAUGAUUGGCAUGCGACACUUGGAAGAUAUUCUGAGGCCCUGAUUGCCCCCCAA